AUGCUCUUCCAAAGACCAAAGAUUGUCAAAGGGGACCAGCACGCGGGAGUAGACGGCAUUGUCCUCAAAGAUGUCUACAAGCGCGAGAAGUUCUGGUGGCAUUAUCCCGGAUUGCGCACCUUGAAUCUCUUGCUUCUUGGCGCCAUUUGUUGUGAUAUAACCAAUGGAUAUGAUGGCUCCAUGUUGAACGGUCUUCAGAUCCUUCCUCAAUGGCAAGAGUACUUCCAUCAUCCAACAUCUGCGACGCUUGGUCUCAUCAGCAAUGGCACUAGAAUCGGGCAAUGUGGUGCCAUUUUUGUCAUUGCUCCCAUCAUUCAGAAAUUUGGACGACGAUGGCCGAUAGUGUUUGGCUCGGCGUUCAUGCUUAUCGGCAUCGCGUUACAGACUGCUGCACAAUCUCUUGCCAUGUUUGUCGUGGGACGCGUCAUUAUCGGCUUCGGAAACAAUAUCCAGCAGGCUACCUCGCUCGUUCUCUUGGCUGAGAUUGCUCACCCUUCGCAACGACCAGCCGUAAUGGGUAUAAUGAAUACAACAGGUUCCGUUGGACAGAUUCUCGCGGCUUGGAUCACAUUCGGUACUGGGCUUCACCUUGCGUCUAGCUGGAGUUGGAGACUGCCCAGUCUCUUGCAGGCUGCAUCGUCUAUCUUCCAAAUCACAAUGGGAUUUUUCAUGCCCGAGUCCCCUCGUUGGCUGAUCUUCAAUAACCGCCGCGAGGAAGCCCGCGAGAUUCUAGUCAAGUAUCAUGCGGAGGGCAACGAAAACGAUGAGCUCCUCAAGCUGGAACUGGCUGAAAUCGAUCAAGCACUGGAAUACGAGAAACUCCAACGCAGCAGCUCGUGGCUCGAAUGGAUUCGAACUCCCGCCAAUAGACACAGACUCUUUAUCGUUCUUUCACUCGGUUUCAUCAUGCAGUGGUGCGGUAACGCCAUCAUCUCAUACUAUCUACACCUUCUCCUCGACUCAAUCGGCAUCAAAGGCACCAAGACACAGCUGUACAUCAACGGAGGUAACACCAUCAGCGGAUUCUGCUUCGGCAUUCUUUGGUCUUUGGUUGGAGACCGUUUUGGUCGACGAUUUAUGUUCUUGACCGGUAUGGCUGGCAUGUUUUGCGCAUUCUUGCUUCUCACGGUCUUCACGGGGGUGAACCAGACACACAACUUCUCCAACCCAAACCUUGCAAGCGCCACGGUGGCCAUGGUGUUCAUAUUCUUUGCAUUCUACAAAAUGGCCGGUGUCACUCAGGAACCGUACUUUAUGGAAAUUGCACCCUACACGCUUCGAGCCAAGACCAGUGCUAUCAAGCAGUUCGGCGAUGCAGGAUCCAAUUUGUUCAGUGGCUUUGUCAACCCGAUUGGAUUGGAGCAUAUCAAGUGGAAGUACUAUAUCGUGUGGUGUUGCGUACUUCUUACCAAUUUUCUUACUAUCUAUUUGUUCUAUCCUGAGACCAAGGGCCUGUCGCUUGAGGAGGUUACGCAGAUGUUUGACGGGAAUGAGAUUCAUGCCAAGGAGGAUCCAGCGGAAGAGGAACAAAACAACUCGGGCAAGACGCCAGCCGUGGAGUUUGUUGAGCAUCCCUCUGGCCGCUAG